AUGAAGGAUUUCCCAUCUUGUUUUGGGGAGAAUGCAGUUCAGGUAUCAGAUUCAUCGUCUUCAAGUUCAAGCAAAACUGCGCAGAAUCUGGUGAUUUGUGUCUACCAAUGUUCAAUUAGAGGUAGAUCUUGCUUAAUUACAAUCACAUGGAGUAAAAGUUUGAUGGGUCAAGGGUUUAGUGUUGGGAUAGAUGAUUCUUCGAAUCAGUGUUUGUGUAAAGUGGAUAUAAAGCCUUGGGUUUUUUCUAAGAGAAAGGGUUGUAAGAGUUUAGAAGCUUAUUGUUGUAAGAUUGAUGUGUAUUGGGAUCUUUCUUCGGCUAGAUUUGGUGUUGGGCCAGAACCGUUGGAGGGUUUUUUUGUAGGAGUAGUUGUUGAUAAACAAAUGGUUCUUCUUCUUGGUGAUUUGAGGAAAGAAGCUUUUAAGAAAUCGAAUGCGGUUCCUUUACCUUUGAAAGCGGUUUUUGUUGCUAAGAAAGAACAUGUUUUUGGUAAGAAGUUUUUUGGUAACAAGGUUGUGUUUUGUGAUAAUGGUAAAAUUCAUGAUCUUGUUAUUGAGUGUGAUACUUCCACUGCAAAGGAUCCUUGUCUUAUAAUUCGGCUAGAUAGUAAGACUGUGAUGCAGGUGAAGAGGCUGAAGUGGAAGUUUAGAGGAAACUAUACCAUACUUGUGGAUGGAUUUGAAGUUGAGGUUUAUUGGGAUGUUUAUAAUUGGCUUUUUGGUACAUCUUUUGGAAAUGCUGUUUUUAUGUUUAGAACAUGUUUGUCUCAUGAUAAGAUUUGGAAUGCUCAACCUGUUUCUGAUGCAAGUGUUUUGCAGUGGUCUUUCUCUCAGAGGUUUUCUGAGUCCAAAUUGCAACAAGGUCUUGGUUUCUCGCAUGUUUUGUAUGCUUGGAAGAACGAAUAG